GCAGAUCAACUGGUGUCGUGAAUUCAUUCCGUAGAUGCUACCCUUUGCCACUAGUUCUCAAACUAGGCGAUAAUCAUCAUUGGCAGAGAACCUGUCGACUUGUAUCCUGGUAUCUUUUCGGAGUCUCCUGCAAGUUCAUCCAUUUUUUACUGGAUGGUAAAUGGUUUCUCCUCCAUACGGGUUACUUUGGAUACUUUGGAACCCGGAACAUUGUUUAAACCACUGAGUGAUCGCACCAUUCGCUUUUUCAGGACCCUUCAGGACCUCCUCAAGCGGCAUACUCAUUAGGCAUUGGCACGCGACGUACUUGCUCCUAAUUGCCGUGCCAUGGGGCAUGAGGGUUCUUUACCCCACAGAACAUAUCUUUGAUUUCAUUUGAUGACGGGAGAUAUAAAGCAACAGAGCGUUGACUAUUCUUUUACCCUUCUCCAUAAUUCGGGAUGCAGGGCUACGUUAUCAUUCUUGCGGUUUUCGCAGGCUUAGGGUCGUUUCUUUUCGGAUAUGAUACGGGAAUCAUCACCACGAGCACCGCCCAUCAGUCCUUCAAAACCUACAUGGGAAAGCCGAACGCCGCGGCUACUGGGGCUAUAGUGUCUACGUAUAUCGCCGGUGAAGCUAUCGGAGCGAUAUCUCAGAGUCUUUUCGGGGAUACCCUAGGCCGGAAACGAUUUAUGCAGCUCAUGUGCAUAGUGGCCACCAUUGGAACAGUUAUUCAAACAGCAGCUCAGAAUUACCCGAUGUUUCUUGUAGGGCGAAUAUUAACUGGAGUUGCUGUAGGAGGUCUUAUUGGCACCGUGCCUAUAUACAACUCUGAGAUUUCGCCUCCAGCGAACCGUGGAUUGAUUGGUGGGCUUUCGGGAUAUAUGAUAGGAGUAGGUGGUUUCAUCGCUAACUGGGUCGGCUUUGCCUGCGGAUACGCACCAGCUACGACAUCAUUUCAGUGGCGAUUUCCGCUAGCACUUCAAAUCCCACCCGGAAUCAUACUCUUCUUCGGCCUGCAAUUCUUCCUACCAGAGUCCCCAAGAUGGCUUAUUACUUCUAGCCGCGACAAUGAAGCUCGUGAAGUGUUCGCUCAAAUUCGCGGUGAUCUUUCUGGCACGGACUUGGAUAAAGAAUUCGACGGCAUGCGAGAACAAAUUCUUUAUGAAAAAGCGACAGAAGUAAAAUCUUUGUCAGAAGCCUGGGCGAAGUACAAGAAACGUGUUCUCAUCUCGGUCGCCGUACAGACCAUGACCUCCUUAACUGGAGUCAAUGUCAUUGGCUACUACCAAACGACGCUUUACACGAAGUUGGGCAUCACCGAUCAUACUGCAUUUCUGAUGGUCGGCAUCUACGGAAGCGUGGGUAUCAUCAUGAAUAUAUUCUCGAUAUACUUCUUAGACAGAUUCGGUCGCGUAAAGCUCUUGAGUUGGGGCAUGACUGGCUUAUGCGUGGAUCUUAUCUACUGUGCUGUGAUGACACGCUACUUCGCCGGAUCCACCAACAGCGUGGGCAAAGGAUUUGCAUUACUCGGAAUCUAUCUGUUUACGACCAUCUAUUACCUUGGUUUGAAUAGUACUACUUGGUUGUAUGGUGUCGAGGUUCUCCCGGUCUCUUUGCGGAGUAGAGUUGUGGGAGUGUCAUCAUUGUCGCACUUCGUAUGGAAUGUUGCCCUCACAGAGGCAGGUCCCAGCGCCUUUGCAAACAUCGGUGCAAACUUUUAUUACGUCUUCGUUGGGACAACCUUCCUAUCUGCAAUCGCGAUAUUCUUGUACUUUCCCGAAACCAAAGGCAAAACGCUUGAGGAAAUUGCUGCGGCCUUUGGAGACGAUCUUGUUCAUGCUGAGGGAGCUUCGAUCCACAAAGGGGGAGAUGAUGAAAGGUUGGAAACUACCGUAUAGGUUAUUAUACUGUAACUUAUAUGUAAUUUUGUGACGAAAGGCAUCAUGCGGCCUGUCUGGCCAAAAGAUUGCCGAUAUA